CUAUCCUGGUACGAGUGGUUCCAGCAAAGUCAUCACGACCUCCUGGCAGAAUCAAGAUGAACUUUGAGGACAUGGAGAAGAGUCGAGAGGAGGAUUUGCAGAAGAAGUCUGAGGAGGAAAAGAAGAGACGAUAUGAUGAAAACAGACGCUCCUUCCGGGAUGCCAAACGGCGCUCGAUUGUUCCAGAAGAUGAAGAAGAGAAGAAUACAGAGAAGGUGCAGGUAACUCCUGGAAAGCUGAAGCUGACAUUUGAGGAGCUGGAGAAGGAGAGGCAGGAGCAGAGAAAGAAGCAGGCUGAGGAGGAAGCUAAACGCCGUCUGCUGGAUGAGAAGAAAGCUUUUGAGGAGGCCAGGCUGGGAAUGGGAGAGGAUGAGGAAGACGCUGAUCCAGCUCAGGAAGACAAGGAGGAGAUCCGACCUGGAAAACUGAGGUUGAGCUUUGAAGAGCUGGAGAGGCAAAGGGUAGAAGAUGAGCGCAAGAAAGCAGAGGGGGAUGCCAAGAGACGGAUGGAGGAGGAGAGAAGAGCUUUUGCUGAAGCCAGGAAGAGCAUGCUUGUAGAGGAGGAUGAUGAGGCUCUGAUGGCCUUGCUGAACCUGGAGGGCAGUAAGCCUGGAAAGUUGUGCGCCAGUUUUGAGGAGCUGGAACGCCAGAGAAGAGAGGAGGAACAGAAGAAGGCAGAGGAGGAGGCCAAGAGGAGACUGGAAGAGGAGAAGAGGCUCUUUGCUGAGGCCCGCAAGUCCAUGGCACUAGAUGAGGAGGGAGAGUUGGUGAAGACUGAAUCUCAGGAAGCACUGAACCCCGGAAAACUGGAGAUAAACUUUGAAGAGCUGCUGAAAUUAAAGGAGGAGGCUGAAAGGAAACGCAAGGCAGAAGAGCGCAAAAUGAAAAUGGAGCAGGAGAAGCAGGAGUUUGAACAGCUCAGACAAGAGAUGGGAGAGGAUGAAGUAAAUGAAAGCUCAGAUGUUGUGAGCAAAGAGUAUGAAGAAUUGACCAAGCUCAAGAGGACUGGCUCCAUCCAAGCCAAGGACCUCAAAUCCAAGUUUGAGAAGAUCAAGCAGCUGAGUGAAGAGGAAAUUCAGAAAAAGAUUGAGAUGGAGAGAGCACGGAGAAAGGCCAUUGAUGAUGAAAUUAAAGAGAGAGAAACUGAGCGGUUUAUGGAGGAGGAUGAGGAAGGAGAAACGUCUUCAGUGAGGGCUGAGGAGUCACCAUUCAAACAGAAGGUGGAUAUGCGUGCUCGAUUUGAACAAAUGGCCAAAGCCCGAGAGGAGGAGGAGAAGAGGAGGGUAGAGGAGCAGAAGCUGCAGAGAAUGCAGUUUGAACAGCAAGAGAUUGAUGCUGCCCUGCAAAAAAAAAAGGAAGAUGAAGGUGAGGACGAGGGAAGCAUCAUCAAUGGCACUGCGGCCUAUGAGGAUGAGGAGGAUCAUGCCAGAUCGGGCGCUCCAUGGUUUAAGAAACCUCUUAAAAAUCAGUCAGUGGUGGACUCGGAGCCAGUUCGGUUCACUGUUAAGAUCACUGGGGAGCCCAAGCCGGAAGUGACCUGGUGGUUUGAGGGAGAGAUGCUCCAGGACUGUGAGGACUAUCAGUAUAUAGAGAGAGGAGAGACGUACUGCCUCUACCUGCCGGAGACCUUCCCAGAGGAUGAGGGAGAGUAUAUGUGCAAAGCUGUGAACAGCAGAGGCACAGCAGCAAGUACCUGCAUCCUCACAAUAGAAACUUAUGACUACUGAUGCCCUUCCUGGAUACUUUCCCCAUUGUCCCUCACUUCUUUUUGUAAAUCUUCGUCCCUCAUGGUAUGGUCCAACAGCAGAGGGAAGAAAAUAGCAGUAUGCUUGGCAUUCCUAAGGGAGGGGAAACACAACACACACAAAAUAAAUGCAAAAUGUUGUUUACAUAUUGCUCGAUUGAUUGUAAAGCUGCACUCCCUGUUAGAGUAGGAUAUUACCUGUGCCAAAAAAAACAGAAAUGAUUCUUGUUCCCACGCCAAGGGUUGCAGAAAUCCUCAAAACUAUCUUUGUUGCAAGGCCCCAAAAAUAUGUGUGAUACCAGCAAUUUUAAGUAUCACAGUACUGUAUUGUAAAUAUCACAUGUUAUGGUCCACACGUGGCAAACAUGCAUAAGCCAUUGAAAUGUAGAAAACAAAAUGUUUGUGUACUAAUUUUAAAGAGCAUGAUACAAAACAUCAGUAAACCAUCUUAAAUACUUUAUUGGGUAUUCAACUACUGCUCAACAACUUCAUCUGUAUUACACAGCAUGUAGUGGUCACUCUUCACCAUAUUAGUGAAUGGUAUUGUGAUAUUUGACUGGUAUUAUAUUGAGGAGUAACAUGUUAGUCAUAACUUAAUUGGAAGUCCACAGUGAAGGGUCUGUUGACAUUGUAAUGCCAGUGGCAUAUUGCAGGAAUACAACCAUCAGAAAUCGCAUUUACAUCCUGAUUUUUAAUGAAACUCCUCAAGUCGAGAGAAGGUAUUUUUUAAUUGCGGCAUCCAAAAAAUUAAAUGUUGAUUUUUCAUGUACCAACCCCCCUUUUUCGUUUCAAGUUAAAUGUAAUACUCUUGAUACCAUUGUUGUAAUUUGUGCUGGACAGUAGGUAACCGUUUUAUGGUUUGAUAAUGAAAAAAAAACAUAGGCUAGCCUAAAUAUUUGUCAUAUAUUAUAAAUGAAAAUGUUUUAAUAAAAUGAACAAAAAUA